AUGGCACUCUUGACUCUUUCGAAAAGCAAAGAUAGAAACUUGGGAGAUGAAGGAAAACUCAAUUCAACGGGGAAAGAGGAGCCUCUUAUUGGCCCCUUGUGCCAAGAUGGGUCCUUCUUUGCUCCGGAGGUUCCUAUCGGUCCUUGUUUAUCAGAUGGCUCGUUCAACUCAGCAUCAACUUACAGGGAUGCACCACCAAAGCCCAAGCAGGGCGCACUUCAGAAGGAUGGGUCAUUCAAUACUACUGAGAGUACUGAGAGGGCACCAACACCAAUUGAGAGUGUUGAACAGCAUCCUGUUGGUCCAAGGAUGUCAGAUGGAUCAUUUGAAGCACCAACUCUAACUCACAGGGCUGCCCCACCAAAGCCCAAGCAGGGGCCACUUUGGAAGGAUGGGACCUUCAAUAAAACGAGUGACACUGACUUGGCCCGGAUAGGGAUCCAAGAAGGCAUUUUGGAGAACCAAAGAGCGUGGGCAGCUCCUCCUCCACCUGAAGACCACCUUGCCUUUCUUUCUGCUAAGAGUCCUGUCUUGGCGGCUGGUGAAUUAGGAAGAGCUACUGCUGUACCUGAUGAUUCUGAUAAUGUUCCCGUGCCGCCCAAAGGUGCAUUGCGAGGUAUGGGCCUCCCUGAGGGAUUUGGUAAUCCAAAGAAGAAUGGGAGAGGAGGGGCUGGCAAGACUGCUGGUUAUCCAAAGAACAAUGGGAGAGGAGGGGCUGGGAAAACUGCUGAUUAUCCAAUGAAGAAUGGGACGGGAGAGCCUUCCAAUAAGUCUGACCACCCUAACAUUGGAUGGGCCAUGAUGGCCAAAAUGGGUUUCAGAGGGGGUGGUCUGGGCAAGUACGGACAGGGAAUUGUGGAACCAAUUCAAUUUGUUCCGAAUUUUAAAAGGAGGGGCAUUGGGUUCCAGGAAGAUGAUGUUGGGGUCCAGGAAGAUGAUGUUGGGUUCCAGGAAGAUGAUGUUAUUGACUGAUGUCGAAAGGGAUAUGGGGAAGGACGGGCAAGGAAGGACAGGCAAGGAAUAAAAGAGCCAAUUAACCUGCCAAGAAUGAUAGGAAAAAGGGAUCGGGUUCAACUGACAGGGUU